AUGAGUUCCGAAUACCCGGAACCCCCUUCGCGGGUGUCGCACGGCGUCUAUGGCGUGUCCCCGCGUGGUGGGGACGAUUAUGGUCUGGGGUCACACCCAGCUAGGACCUCUACCGACCCCGGAGACUCCCAUGGGGACAUCAAACGGGCCCGCGCCUGCGAACCAUGUCGUCAACUCAAGGUCCGGUGCGAUACGGAUCCAACACAUCCGAAUGGCUCCUGCAAGAGAUGUGCGAAAUCUGGGCGCGCGUGUAUUGUCACGGCGCCCACGCGGAAGCGUCAGAAGAAGACAGAUAGCCGUGUUACGGAGCUUGAGCACAAGAUCGAUGCAUUGACUGCGACCCUGCAGGCGUCGCACGGUGCAUCAUUUAAUAUGGCACAGCCGGCGCAGCAAGGUUCUUCACAUUCGCCCGAUCUUCCAGGUCGGCGGUGGCUGCGAGAAGAUCCGCAUCUGACAGGGAAUAAGCGACACCAUGACGGGCUCGUCGUGUCGCAAUAUCCUCGCCAAAAUAGCCCUUCUGCAGUGCAGAUACCUCGACCGCAGCCAUCUAAACACUGGCGUGUUCCCGCAGCCGGCGACUCAGCACCACCUAAAGUGGACAAUGAAUUCGUUGACGUGAUCGAUAGGGGCGUGGUGGACGUCGAGUCAGCCCAGGCAGCAUUUGAUCGCUAUGUCACCAAGAUGGCACCAGAGAUGCCCAUGGUGGUUUUUCCACCUGGGACAACAAUGGGGUCCGUGCGGCGUGAGAAACCGGCCUUAUUCCUCGCUAUCCUCGCUGUCGCCAUUGCACCCUUUCAAAAGGAGGUUCAAGCCAAGCUUUGCGAUGAUGUCUACCGUCUGAUUGCAGAGCGCGUGGUAGUUAGAGCCGAGAAAUCCCUUGAGCUUGUUCAAACGUUGCUGGUUUGUGUGAUUUGGUAUUCGCCUCCGGACAACAUUGAAGAAUUGAAGUUCUACCAGCUCAUCCAUUUGGCGGUCAUCCUCGCCAUGGAUAUUGGGCUAAAUCGCCGCACAGGACAGGAUGAUAGGCCCCUCACUCGGCUACGAGAAGUGCUUAACAAGAAGCCAGUGGGAUCACCUGUUGAUCUUGAUGGCCCCGAGGCAAAGCGCACCUGGGUAGGGUGUUAUUUCAUGUCGGUUCAAGUAUCUACGGCGUUACGGAGGGUGCAUCUCGUAAGGUGGCAGUCAUAUAUGGACGAGUCCCUUCAUACGUUGGAAACCCAUCCUGAUGCCCUGCCUUCCGACAAGAGCAUUAUUUGGUGGGCAAAGCUUGGGCUCAUAAUGGAAGAGUCCGGCGUACAUCUUCUAGCCGACGAUUCCGAGAACAUGGUCUCCUUUGCUGAUAGCAAGGUGCGGUAUACAGUCAAGGCUUUUUCAAACCAACUGGCCCAGUGGAGGAGGGAAAUUCCAGAGGAGUUCUUUAACACGCCCCUUGCCCAUACUUAUCAUGUCAUCAACCUCUUCGUCCAUGAAAGUGCGAUUAGUGUCGACUGCAAAGAAGCCGGCCUUCUAACCUCACGUGAUAAAGAUCUGCCCACUUCGAUUGCUGCUCCGCUCAUUGACGCAGUCAGUACCUGCAUCAAUUCUAUCCACCAAGCCCUGGACAUGAUUACGAAAAUUGAACCAGAUCGUCUCAUUUGCUUGCCGACUGUGGCACUUGCCCGGACAAAUUAUCCAGUGGUCAGUCUGAUUAAAAUAUACUCGCUACUUGUGGCAUCAGACUCCCGCAUUGGCCAAAUGAUCGAUACGCAUAGCCUCAAGGUUGAGUAUUACCUGGAGAGGGUUAUCGCCCACUACCGUGCCGCUGCGGCGCUUGAUGGCGGCAGGGCAGCAUCGAAGUUUGGGAAUAUUAUGAUGAUGCUGCGAAAUUGGUUCAUCAAAAAGAAGGAGAAUGGACCUGCGCUGAGAGAGCUCUUUGGUACGGAGACGCUCACAGACAUCCCGAGUGACAGGCAGUCGAGGAAAACGGGAACCACACCCCUUCACCUCCUCAGCGAAGUUGCAAUGGGCGAUCCAGCCAACCGUGCCCCAUCCACUGGCUCCCAAUCUCACCUGUCCCGCUCCAGUCAAGAGAACGUCUACACCGCAUCAACAUCCAACCGAGAUCCCGGCCAUACACCAGGACAUUCGGCCUACGGCACUGCAGACACACCACUUAGUCGCACGACCUCUACAUCCGAACACGCUCCACCAGGUACUACUUGGCACUCUACACCUCCUUUCUCGGGACCCGUUCCUGGGAACUCAGGUCCUGAAUAUUACCCGGCAUUUACAUCACCCGGCCCAUCGCAAGCAUAUGCAGGUAUGCCAUCUUCGAGUGGUGCUGGCCAGCAGGGAUAUGCUGAUAUGUCCAACAUGGUCAUUUCGCUCUCCCAGCCAAUGGGCAUGUUGCCCGAGAUGGGCACCGAGACUAGUUUUGAUCCAGAUAACCUGUUCACGCUGGGAACUAUGAUGGAUGAGGGACUGUUUACGUUUCCCUUGGCCUUUGAUGGGAGUUUCCAGUUUUAG